AUGGCCAACGCGAAGGGCUCGUCCGCCGGCGCCGCCGGCGCAGGCCACGCCGACCUCGGCAGGGCCAUUUCUCACGAGCAGCACCAGGCGUUCAUGAUGGCUUCCGUGCACCGGGCCGCCCCGGGGGCCGCGAACGUGCACCAGCAGCACUUCCACCAGUACCCCGCCGGCCUGAUCCCAACGCCGGUGGCAAUGCCGGUUCACGUACCGGUGUCACAAACCCCGUACUCCGCCCAGAUCGCGGUGCCGCCGCCGCAGCCGCUCAUCCCACCACCAGACCACCGCCUGCACUCCCUGCCGCCUACCGGAUGCUACCAGGAUUAUUCUUCAUAUGGCACCACUGCAUCUUUGCAGCACACAGCAGCAAGGGGUUUUGCAGACUGGGGAGCGCACAGCAAUGCACUCGUGUCCUUGGCUCAUGCCACUAGUUUUGACAAGGGGAGCAACAAUAUCAACAGCAAUGGACUAUUACAUCAAAAUUUAUCCCCGUACACCACCCAUACAUGGACUACUACUUACGUGCAGAGGCCUUACAACACUGCUUAUGCUCCUGCAACAAUGAAUAUGAAUAUGCUCCAAACUCCUUCCUUUCACAGCAACAACCAUGAAAAAGAGUCAGGUGCAGUUUUUUCAAAUAGCUUUAACAUGGGCCCAUCAGUGACACCUACCUCCCCUUUUCAACUUAUGUCUCCAAGCUCAACCAACUACACUUCCACUCAAAUCUUCGAGGAAACCAACAACUUAGAGGACUCUUCAAGAGACUUUGGAGGUGGGGAUAACGAAAGCAACAACAGUGAGGAACCAGACCCCACUCCGGCUGUGGAGAUGGAAGACCUAAACCAGGGCAAUGGCCAUAUUAAUGUUACAAAUAAAAUAGUCAACUGUCAAGAUUACCGUAUGGUCUUGCGCAAGGACUUGACAAACAGUGACGUUGGAAACAUUGGAAGAAUUGUGCUGCCAAAGAAAGAUGCAGAGCCUAAUCUUCCAAUCUUGGAAGAUAAGGAUGGCCUGAUACUGGAAAUGGACGACUUUGAGCUCCCAGCUGUAUGGAAGUUUAAGUACAGGUACUGGCCUAAUAAUAAGAGUAGGAUGUAUAUCUUGGAAACUACUGGUGAAUUUGUUAAGAGGCAUGGACUUCAAGCUAAGGACAUCCUCAUCAUUUACAGGAACAAGAAAUCUGGCAGAUAUGUUGCCCGCGCGGUGAAGGCUGAGCACAUACCAGCACCAGGAUGCGAGUGCAUCAAGGCAGGCAACCCCAGAGAAGAGUGCGGCUUCUCCGUCAGUCCUUCGACCAAGAAGGUUACCAUGUAG